AUGGUUCUGCACUUGGCACCGUGGCCCCAUGUCGAUGGUCCGAAGCCUUUCGUUCUGACCGAGCCACGGGCCGUUGUUGAGGUGCAAGGAUGGUUCGCAGGCUGCUUGCUGCUGCCGCUGGCGGCGCGGCUGAUGCACGCAGCAUUCUUGCAUGCGACGAGCAAGAAAGCAGAGGAGAAAGGCGUGACACCGUGGAACCACGACCGGGCUGCAAUGAACUUCGUCAAAGCCAUCGCAAUGGUGGACAUCUUGCUCUUGGUAUGGCCGCUGAGCAUGAACGUUUUGGCCGGCAUGCUUCACUCCAAAGACCUGUCCUGGGUCCUUUUGCACAUGCACUGGAGGCUUUUUCGUUGGGGCCUGGCCGUUCUGUCCUCGGUGCUUGUAUUCGAGCUGCUGCAGAGGCCCCCGCGCUUUUGGCGGUUUCUCCAUCAUGGCUCCAUGUUGCUGGUCAUCUGCCUGAUGUGCGGAAUUCCUUGGUUGUCGCUCUACGACCUGCUCCUCUUUUCUGCUGGAAUGCUCCUCGGCACGGUUGUUCGACUGCCUCCCACAGCCAAGAUACGACUACAGAUGUCGAAUGUGUCUCGAGCGAAAGAGUCCCCUCCACUGUUUGAGAUCGUGGAGUGUGCUGCCAAGAUCUUCGAAGUAUCUUCAACAUUUUCGGUGGUGGCAGCACCGUGCAAGACACAUGUCACGACAUAG